CUGCUCGGCUCGGGCGCGUCUAUUAUGCUGCCGGGGCCGGCGAGCCUAGAGGAGCCGGCCGCGCGGGCCGGGAGGGACGGCGCCGCAGCCGCCGAGGCCAAGUGCUGCCUGGUUGGGCCCAGAAAUGGGAUCCUGGGCCCCUGCACGGCGCUGUGACGUGUGAGCCAGCUGCUAGAGGAUGUCCACCACGGCCGUCGCCCCCGCGGGCGUCCCGGCGACCCCGGGCCCCGUGAACCCACCCCCGCCGGAGGUCUCCAACCCCGGCAAGCCAGGCCGCAAAACCAACCAGCUGCAGUACAUGCAGAACGUGGUCGUGAGGACGCUGUGGAAGCACCAGUUCGCCUGGCCCUUCUACCAGCCCGUGGACGCCAUCAAGCUGAACCUGCCCGAUUACCACAAAAUCAUCCGGAAUCCCAUGGACAUGGGGACGAUUAAGAAGAGGUUAGAAAACGGUUAUUACUGGAGCGCCAGCGAGUGCAUGCAGGACUUCAACACCAUGUUCACAAACUGUUACAUUUACAACAAGCCCACAGAUGACAUAGUGCUGAUGGCUCAAGCCUUAGAGAAAAUUUUUCUGCAGAAGGUGGCCCAGAUGCCCCAGGAGGAAGUUGAGUUACUGCCCCCUGCCCCCAAGGGAAAAGGCCGAAAGCCCGCUGCGGGCACCCCGAGUGCAGGCACGCAGCAGGUGGCGGCCGUGUCCUCUGUCUCUCCAGCCACCCCCUUCCAGAACGUGCCCCCUGCCGCCUCCCAGACGCCCGUCAUUGCUGCCACCCCUGUACCUACCAUCACUGCCAACGUCACUUCGGUCCCGGUCCCCCCAGCCGCUGCCCCGCCUCCUCCCACGACUGCCAUAGUUCCUGUGGUCCCCCCGACGCCACCUGUUGUCAAGAAAAAGGGGGUGAAACGGAAAGCAGACACGACCACGCCCACGACCUCCGCCAUCACCGCCAGCCGCAGCGAGUCGCCUCCGCCGCUGUCCGACCCCAAGCAGGCCAAGGUGGUGGCCCGGCGCGAGAGCGGGGGUCGCCCCAUCAAGCCGCCCAAGAAGGACCUGGAGGACGGGGAGGUGCCCCAGCAUGCGGGCAAGAAGGGCAAGCUCUCGGAGCACCUGCGAUACUGCGACAGCAUCCUCAAGGAGAUGCUUUCCAAGAAGCACGCGGCCUACGCCUGGCCCUUCUACAAGCCCGUGGACGCCGAGGCGCUCGAGCUGCACGACUACCACGACAUCAUUAAGCACCCGAUGGACCUGAGCACCGUCAAGAGGAAGAUGGACAGCCGCGAGUACCCGGAUGCCCAGGGCUUUGCUGCCGACGUCCGUUUGAUGUUUUCCAACUGCUACAAGUACAACCCCCCAGACCAUGAGGUGGUGGCCAUGGCGCGGAAGCUGCAGGAUGUCUUUGAGAUGCGGUUUGCCAAGAUGCCGGAUGAGCCGGCAGAGGCCCCGGCGCCGCCGGCCCCCGCAGCCCCCGUGGUGAGCCAGGGCGCCGAGAGCAGCCGCAGCAGUGAGGAGAGCUCCUCGGACUCCGGCAGCUCCGACUCGGAGGAGGAGCGGGCCACCAGGCUGGCGGAGCUGCAGGAGCAGCUCAAGGCCGUGCACGAGCAGCUGGCCGCCCUGUCGCAGGCGCCCGUGAACAAGCCAAAGAAGAAGAAGGAGAAGGAGAAGAGGAGGAAGGCCAAGGAACGCAAGGCCAGGCCCGAGGAGGACAGGAAGGCCAAGGCGGCCCCGCCCCCCAAGCAGGCCCCGCAGAAGAAGGCCCCCGCCAAGAAGCCCAGCAGCACUGCGGCGGCCGGCAGGCAGCCGAAGAAAGGCGGCAAGCAGGCGUCGGCCUCCUACGACUCGGAGGAGGAGGAGGAGGGCUUGCCCAUGAGCUACGACGAGAAGCGCCAGCUGAGCCUGGACAUCAACCGGCUGCCGGGGGAGAAGCUGGGCCGCGUGGUGCACAUCAUCCAGUCGCGGGAGCCCUCGCUGCGCGACUCCAACCCCGACGAGAUCGAAAUCGACUUCGAGACGCUCAAGCCCACCACGCUGCGCGAGCUGGAGCGCUACGUCAAGUCCUGCCUGCAGAAGAAGCAGCGCAAGCCGUUCUCGGCCAGCGGGAAGAAGCAGGCGGCCAAGUCCAAGGAGGAGCUGGCGCAGGAGAAGGAGAAGGAGCUGGAGAGGCGGCUGCAGGACGUGCGCGGGCAGCUGGGCAGCGGCAAGAAGCCGGCCAGGAAAGAGAAGUCCGGCUCGGUGCCCUCCGGGGGCCCUUCACGGCUUAGCAGCAGCAGCUCCUCCGAGUCGGGGAGCAGCACUUCGAGCGGCUCCAGCUCCGACAGCAGCGACUCAGAGUGACCUGGCCCCGGCGGGUGGAGGCUCGGGCGUCACCGUGCCCGCCAGAGCCCCGUUCCCGGUGCCCUCUGGUUAGAUAAGCCCUCUGCUCCGGAGUGUGCCGGCCUCUCCCAGUGUUACGGUCCCUUCUGGCCUCGCUUUCUCAGGCGGCCAUCACUCCUGGGUGGGCACCAGGCUUGCCGAGAAGGUGCCAGCUCCCGUGCGAGCCCAGGAGCCUGGCUGAGGGUGCCUGUAACCAUGUGUGCCAGGGCCCCCCUCGCAGGGUCUCAAGGCACACACACGCCACCAGCGGACGGGACCGCGUGCCUAGAAG